AUGUCUGUUGCAAGCACGAUCUUCUUUCCCCUCUGUGGCACCGAUGGUCUCCAGACAGGCUCAGAACCUAUUCCUGCAGGCAAUCUUAUUGGCGAGGAUGGCGCUCCUUCCAAUCUGGCUGUCAAUGGUGACAAGUUCUGGCCCGCUGGCAAGAAGCUUCACGUUCGUUUUUUGAAUGGCAGUCUCCAGGUCCAAAAGAGUGUGAAAUACUGGGCGCAGAGAUGGGAAGAGUUCGCCAAUAUCAGCUUCAAGUUCUUGGCCGAGAACGACAAAGCCGACGCAGACAUCCGAAUCGGUUUCCGACUGCCGGGAUACGCAGGUACCUGGUCGUAUGUUGGCAGGGACGCGACCAAGUUCGUCCUAUCGCAGAAACAACCCACCAUGCAUUUCGACGAAAUCAACGACAACUCUAGGGAGAGCGAGAUCUGCCACUUUGUCUUGCAUGAGUUUGGCCACGCCAUCGGUUGUGUCCAUGAACACCAAGCCAACCGGAUCGAAUGGGACAGGGCACGCGUCAUUGCUGAUUGUCUUGCCCGCUACAAGUGGGACGAGGAAACCACAAAGCAGCAGAUUCUGAACUUGGAGCCCGACUUAACGAGGUUGACAAAGACAUCCUUCGAUUCUAACUCAAUCAUGUGCUAUUGGUUCCCUCCUGAGUGGACCGUGAACAGGCAAUCUGCCCCAAAGAACCUGAACUUUUCAGACAACGACAAGAGUUUCAUCAACAGGGUAUACCCUUUUCGUACGCGUAACGAUGGCAAGCUUGACAUUGUACCGGGAAUUCGAACAUCCGAAAAUAACGUUGUGGCUCUGAAUUCGAAGGCAGUUGACUUCACUCCUCCAUAUCUCGCCCCGCCUCUGAUGGCUCUCGGCCUGACGCAGCUCGACGAGACAAACAACGCAAACAUCCGGGUUCGGCUUGGAGCCGAGGCUAUCACCAAAGAAAGUUUCAAGCUUAACAUGGACACCUGGUCUGACUCAGUAAUGCAGAAUGCCGGUGCGACAUGGCUCGAAUUCUCACCAGAUGAGCGACAAUACCAAGUGGGUUCCUAUAGCACGCUUGAAGAUCGAGACCUUGGAGUGCUGGCGAAGCGGGUUCGAGAUGAUGCCACUGGCAUGACUCUGAGCCAAGAUAUUACGCAGAUUGAAUUCCCGCGGGACGCUUACGCCGAGGGCCAGCCUCCCAGAAUCAUAACUUGGUUGACAGGCCUUGACCUAGGAAAGGAUGCAAAUUGGCGGAUUAGAUGCUUUGCCCGAGCAGUCACGCACAAAGGCUUCGAAUUGGUCAUCGAGACUUGGGCAGACACCGUUUGCUACAGCGCUAGCGCCUCGUGGGUGGCCCACCCCGCAGAUCAGGAAGGGGUCCAGAGCGGCAAGGUCAGCUCCUCAAAUGUGCGGGAAUGGUUUCCCCCGGUGGCAAAGACCAAAGUCAAGGUAAACUUCGCGGGGAAUGGUGCAUUCGAAAAGACGCCCAAAGUCUUCAUUGGUCUGAGUGAGCUGGACAUGGAUAGUGCCAAGAAGCUAAGGGUCAAGGUCUUUGCGGACAAGAUCACCCCAGAUGGGUUCAUUUGGCACGGGGAAACCUGGGACGAUAGUCUGCUGUACGCUGUUGGAGCUGACUGGAUUGCUUUUGGUUAG